AUAAGUUUGUAUCCUGGCUCAAAUGACAGAAGCGAUUCAAGGAUGAGCUUGGAUUAUACAUCUACAGAUAUGUCAUAACAGUAAAUGAACAGUGAGGGACUUUCCCCACAGAGCGAGACCUUUUAUUAUGAGGAGAACUGAAGGGAAAUCUUUGUCGGGUUUCAGAUUGCCUUCACUCAGUCUGCCUGACAUAUCAACAGCAACCAGUGACAACUCAUUGAAGUGCAGCGUUGCUGCAGGAAAACUGUUGGUAGGCAAACCAAUCAUGCCAGAGAGUUUGGAGGUGAACACGGCCAGGAGGAAAGCGUCCGUAAGCGAGGAGGAUUGGUCGUCACAACACUUUCUAUCCAACCAGCACAGGGUGGGGUCUUGGAAUACAUCUCUUGAUUCGGUCACAGUGCGUCCGGUCUCGCCAAAAAUCUUCAGUCUAUGCAGCAAGUUUGUAAGCUCUAGUGAUAACAAUGAGUUAUCGACUGACUCAAAGGAUCAGCUUACCAUCCACAACUCAAGAGCUCGAUCAAAGUCCUUCACUCUUGCCUCAAUCUCUGAUGACCAAAAGUCCCCUGAACAGCUCUCAUCAUUGUUUAUUAGACGUUCUAGCAGUCCGAAGCCACUAAAGAUCAACCUUGCUCCCCCUGAAAUAUACUCUAUAGAUCCGGAGAGUGGAGGCCUGUUCCCUAAACAACUCUUAUCACCAAGUACAAGUCCAAGUAGCGGUUAUGGUAGUGGGUUCAAUUCAAGUAGUCCCGUCUGCAUGAGCCCCCGUAGUCAUUCGCCAACUCUGGACUCCCAGCUGCAGAGAGAACCUAGUGAUGAGAAAUCGUCUUUGUCUGUUGUACCUCAGGAGCAAACAAGGACUCGUAGGAGCAUCAGUCAUGAUAGUGGCGUUUCAAGACUCUCUGUUGAAUCACCCUCCUGUAUAGGGCGUUCAUCAAGUGAAGAGGAGCCUUGUCCUGAAAGCCGCAGCAAAGUUAGGAGUAUGCAUUCUCAUUGUGGAGGAAACUUUACAAUACAGGUCCCCAAACCUGUGCGACCGCAGUUGGUCAAAACCAAGCCAGUAUUUCAUCUCUAUCCCCCUGGUAGCCCAACCAAUGCGACUGUUCAGCCUGAGAUUUUGUCACCAGAUGAGGGCUUCCAGGAUCUUCGGCUCCCCCUUGAACAACCUUCAUCUAGUGUGCCUACAUCUCAUCCUCCACCUCCCCUUAGUCCUGCUCAUGCUGAUAUCAAAAGGACAGAACUCAGAGUUCGCCUGAACCCCCCUGGUAGUCCUCUGCCAACCCGAAUACAUGAGACCAUCCCCGGUCUCAGUCGACGCUUCUCAGAACAAGGGAUUCUCGACCAAGAUGGGGAUGAAAAACCCCUUUCAAGUGCCACUUGUACAGAGGAACAAAGAGUGCCUUCUUCACCAACUGAAUCGAAGCCUUUUAUAAAGAGUGAUACAGUGCCUCCAGCUCUUGUUAUUGAAAUGUGUGAGACACCACCUCGUUCGGAGCAGUCCUCGCCACCACCCGGUGCUUUCAAUUCAAACUCAGGAUCCAACUUGAACAGACCUUAUCAAUUCCUUACCCUAGCUGACAUUGAGUCUGGCACAUUACAUAGGAAACUCUCAACAGACAGUACACUCUCCUCUUUCAGUCAAGCCUCAACGGAUGAUGAUUUGGAUGACCACCUCUCUAUAGCAGUAACAGAGAGUGCACCUCUACCUACUUCAGCCAAGGCUCCUUUUACAGCUGCAGGGAAAAGGGCUCAGUUCAGCAGUGUAAGUAUUUCAUCUGACACACUUGCAUUUUCCUGUGAAAACUUCUCCCCUUGAAAAAUUCCUACAUUUCCUUUACAUGUGUGCUCAAUUAAGUAUGUUUUGAUCUCCCUGAUGUUUGCAUGAACUUACGUGUGUAAAGAUAAAGACCUAUAUUGACCUGCUUCUAAUCGGGUUUAUGACUUCACUUAAUGGUACCAUCAUAUGGUGUUGCCAUGGUUACCCGGUUUAAAUGUUAAGCCUAUAAUCGCAGGCUCUGUUCAAAGCUGAUUUGGCCAAAGAUUGCUUUGACAUAUAUAAGAAGCAUUUUCAUCAGUUUUGAACCAGGUUCUUCAAUUGAAUGCUUUGGUGAAAAAAAAUAACAGAAUCACUGUUUUCUCUUCUUUGAUUUUUUUUUCUUGAAAGGCAAGGAUUUGGAUGAAUUAAUGAAUAUUAUUAAGCUGAACAAGAAACCUUAUACAAGUGCUAAUACUAGAUGGUGGUCAAGGUUGUAUUAUGAUGAUUCUUAUGAAAUCAAUUUAUAAUUUUCAUUUUUAUGUCUACUAUUACUACAAACGCUCGGAUAUAGCACAGGUCAACCCAACCUCCAAUCUUGAAUCGACUGAUUAAGAAGGGAACAAACAUGAUACAUUUUUUUAAAUGAAGAUUAUGAAAGAAAUCAGAAAUCUCCUGCAGAAAUUAUUACAUGAUGAUAUUAGUAGAACUCCUAGUAAUGAAAGGAAACACAUUUGGAAAUUAUUACCAAUCAGUGAAGCAUUUAACAUGACAACAUUAUAUUGCUAUACUGCAUCAUAAACAUGGAAUAUCUCGCAAAGACCAUAUCCUCCCCCCCCCCCAUGCACUUGCCUAGAAUGAUAUCCAUCCUGUUGACUUUGUCUUCUCUUUCUUUCAAUUUCAUUUGUUAACCAUGUGAUCUCUGCAAUUAUUUUUUAUUUCCUAUAUAUUGAUACAUAUUUUUUUGUUGUUCGUGAACAUCACUUUUGAGAGGAAAAUCUGCAUAAAUGGUGUAUUUCCCUACUCGAUGUCAUUGUAUUGUCUCUAUCAAAGCCUUCCUUUUACGUUCAGCUCAGUUGGGUCACACCUGAAAUAAAUUGAUUGUAUCGUUGGAAGUUUCCUUCCUCUCUGGAUCAUGAACUACACUCCCCCAAAGUUCAUGUGUUGCAAUGAUAAAUGACGUCCUGCACAAAGCUAUUGUUACGAUAACUACAUGUUUUUUUUACUUCUGCUUCUAAUUCUCCUGUUGCUGCAUGGUCCUCUGCUCUUCUUCCUCCUCCUCCUACUACUACUACUUCUACUACAGUAUUAGUACUACUAUUGUACCCCUUUCAUAGUACUGCACUUCCCCCCAGUGAACGUUGCCUGCGAUAUUCGCCAGCGAAGGGGAAAGUGUCCAGUAUGAAAGAUAGCCUACACAGGAGAACUUCCCUGGUGAACUUCUCCACCUCUCAAGGUGGAUAACUUCUCCAUCUCAAGAGGUGGCGUAAUGGUUUCCCCAGUGAACUCUGCCGGGGAAAAGGCCAAUAUGAAAGCUCACAGGAGAACUUCUCUACUUUGAUGACUUCAGAGGUCAAAUUUCAUAUUCCAGAAAUCCCCUGAAGCGAGAUUCAGCGCGCUGAAUAAAGUGGAUGGCUGAUUAAUCCAUAGAAAUAGCCCUGAACAUACAGUUUCUUUUUUUAAUGAUAUGUAUCACGAAAGCGUCUUGUACAUGUUAAAAAUGCACUGAAAAUAUUGAAAUAUUCCGCCUUGUUUGUUUUGCUUAUAAUCUUUCUAAAAUAUGUUCUAAAUUUAACUUUUUGUCACCUUUUGUAAACGAUAAGAAUACUACUUCUCUUCUUUCAGCUAGUGGCCACAAUCCACUAGCUGAUUGUUAUGUCACUUUAAGGAGGUCUGCACUGCACCUUGCAGUACUUAUUACUGUAGAUGCUACUUCUAUGUGAAAAAAAAAUCUUAUAUAUUUUUUAACCACUUGAUAUGUGUUUUAUCUUUGACAGUUGCAACUAAUGUUACUACUGUUCCUCCUACUACUUCCACAUUUUCUUUUAUAGUUUUGUUGAUUUUCUAAUCUGAUAUUUUACCUUAUGUUACAAUUAUGGUUUCAGUGGCCAUUUUUAUAGGUAAAGAGAGUGAAAUUUGUGUUGAUAUCUUGCCGAACUGAUGCACAAUUACUGUUAAUGCAUUGCUGUAAGCCUGUAAAGGUUAAUUUAUUGAUUCUCAAUGAAAGAGAUCAUAAUCUACAAAACUACUGUAUACACUUUGUCCCUUUCCUGUUUUCACUUACCCUUUUGAGAUAUCAUCUUCCUGAAGGGUGUGUCUUUUGCGAUGCUACCCAUUUGAAAUUGCCCUGUUAAUGGUCCUUAUAAUUGGACUCAACCUUUAAUGCAUCAUGUCAUUGUGCUUCAUAGAGAAAUAGUGAUUAAAUAAAUGCACUUUUCCCCUGCAUAUCAUCUUUGAACAUAUUCAAAAUCACAAUUUGCAGUUGGCUUAGCAACGUCCUUGU